UGUUGUUUGUAAACCAACCCAGAGAGUUGAUGUAUUAAUUUCCAUUCACUGAUCAAGUUUGCUGCUUAAUUUCUGACCGACCACACCUCACACGCAGCAGAGAGUCAAGUGCUCGUCGCCGUUUGAAGCCUCACUGUUGCAUCACUUCAGACAUCCGUGGUCCCACUCAGUACUGCGCAGCGGGCAUCCCUCCUUCAGCCAUGAGUGACGAUUGCCCUCAUUACACCACCCAGGAGGAGCGGGGGAAGCGAUAUGGCUUCAUACGGGUGGGGGUGCCCUGCUUGGCUCGCCCCUUCAUCAAUGUGCAAAGGAUCAGGAGGAUGAACAAGCACGCCGUGGCCCUGUGGGUGGGUGUGGGCGUAAUGGCAUUGCAGGCUGCCCUGGAGAUCAUCCUGCUGGCGAACCUGUACGUGCGGCUUGGCACACCAAUGGAGAUUCCUGCCUCGAUGGCGGUGGUAGUGGUGUUCCCGCUCGGCCUGCUGCUGAAGUGGUUCUCGCUCCAUCUGGUGUACCUGCACUGGGCCAUCUGGCUGCUCUGUGUGUCGCACUACCACGACCACUUGUGGCCCAGUCUGCUGGUGCCUGUGAGGAUCAGCACGUACGCGGCGCCCCAUGUGGCCAAUGUUUAUUUGUUGCUCAAAGCCGGCGUGGCGACAGCAGUCCUCUUCUUGCUGGAUCGAAAGCCUGUUGUCUCGCCACUCUCACUGCCUGUCAUAUACUAGCUUUACAUUUCAAAGCACUCAUGGCUUUCCUGUUAUUUAAGGUUUAAGGAUAUUUCGAAGUGAUUAGAUAUAUUAUUUUCCUAUAGUUUACAUAUUUUCAUUGUUUUGUACGGAGGCGUCACGCAAAUUAUAUUGUAAUGAAAUCUUAUGUAACAUGUUCAGAAAUAAAGCCAAUAAAUGAA